AUGGUCGUUAAAAUUACCAAGGAGGAUGAAAGACUCUUGGAAGAAUACAGUCAAGCAGCUUCGAAGAGUUCUGAGAAGCUAGUUUACGUUAACGCAAUUAUGAUAUCUUCCAUUCCUACCUGGUUAUUUUGGGGCGUUCACAAAAUGCCUCUGAUAGCUAAUUCAUUCUUGUAUGUAAUCAUUUCACUGGCCUCAACCUUCCUCAUAUCUAUCGCAUACAAAAAUUCAAAAACGCCUUUGAUGGAAAAGAUUGCUAUCCGUCGAACCGAAGCAAUUACCAAAGAAGUCAAUAACGAAGCUGGUAAAGACAAAAAGUUGUCGAAGAAGAACAGAGAGGAUGUUGUCCGUGAACGAACUAAAAAGGUUGCUGAUUACGAAUCUACGACUUUCUCAAUAUUUUACAAUAAUUGUCUAUUUCUCCUAGUCUUACUGUUACUUUCUGCCGUCCUUCAUCAUUUCUCGAAUCAAGUGAAUUACUCUGUAUCGAUGUUACUCGCUGCCGGCGCAACUGCUUUCUUGUCAUCCGGGAAAGGGUCAUUUUGA